CAGAAAACAUUCCCAGCUGACUGCAACACGUGCAACAAUUUUGUUUUGAAAUCGUUUGUUAAUAACUAAACAGAAACGAAAUGAAAAUCCGCAAGAAUCAUGUGCGUAAGCGUUACCGCUAUAGUGUCAAUAGAAAGACAAUGAACAAGACACGUUCAUCCACAGGAAAAAUUAAAGAUCCUGCAUUGAAGAAACUGUGGGUGGAGGGUCAGCGCGUGGGGACUAAUUUCUCAGAAAUGGGACUUGCCAGUAAUCCAAACAAGUCUAUUGGCAUACCUAACUAUAAACGUGACAGAUUUGAGGCAGCCAAGAUUGUAUGCGCCUCAUCAGACGACGAGUCAGAGGCUCCUGUAAGCAGCGAUAAGAAUCAGACGGCAAAACCCAAGCGCGGUCAUGUUGUAGAAGAACUGGAACAGUUGGCCGCUGAUCGGCGCCCUGAUCCAUCUUUUAGAUUGCCCAAGGGUGUCGUAAAGGAGCUCACAUAUUUUAUUGACAAGCACAAGUUUAAUUAUAAGGGCAUGGUAACAGAUCGUCGCAAUCACGGCCAAUGGACGUGGAAACAGUUUCGAUCAAAAAUACGUAGAUUCAUGCUGAUUCCGGAGCAGUUUAAUGAAUAUCUGGAGAAAAAAAAACUGCCAAAGGAUGUGAAGCCAGAUUGGCCAGAAUAUGAGUCCGAUAGUGAAUGGAAAUAGUUAUGAAGACCACUAAACUUAGACUAAAAUAUUACAAAUAAAAAUAUAUGCUGUCAAAUCUUAA